AUGUUAUCGAGGUUCUUCGUUCUCUUCCCCAUGGUGUUAUCCAUGGUGGCCUUCAUUCUCUCCAUGCUAUGUCUCUUUGCCGGCCAUAAAGAAGGGUUCAUGGAGGAGUACUCUGUCGCUCGACUCAACACUUCCAUGAUCGGUCAUAAUGUCUUGGACGUCGACGACAGUGCUUCUACCAGCGAGAACGAAGAUGAUAGCAUCUUUGACAAGAUUACUGGCAAAGUGGACGACGUCAAGAACGACAUCAAGGGAAAGAUUAACGAUAUUACCGGUGAUAUCGCUGAUGAGUUGGCCGACACCAUUGGAAUCUCUGAGUGGUACUCUAUCCAUAUCAUGGCUACAUGCGAUGGACAGUACAAGCCCAAUGCUACGAGCCCUGGUGCUGGUUUCAACGUAACCAACUGUACCAACUCUGCACCCGAGAAACGCUUCAACCUCACCGACAUGCUCGACAAGCAACUUGAAGUCGGUCCCAUUGGACUGAACCUUGCAGACAUCAACUGGCCCGAUGACAUCCAAGAUUCCAUCGACCUCCUCAACAAAGCCCUUCUCGCGACAUUCGUCCUGUACGUCAUCGCAGUUGGCUUUUCUGGUCUCGCCAUGCUUACCGCCCUGGCCGCCUUCUUUCUCUUCUCCCGUCGUGGCGUCAACGCUGUCAACCUCAUCAUCGCCAGCUUGGCAGCUCUCGUCCUUCUCAUCGCCAGCAUCCUUGUUACCGUGGCUGGAAAGAAGGGUGUAAGCAAACUCAACGAUGUCGGUGACGAUGUUGGCAUUUCUGCUUCCCGUGGAACCAAGUUCCUUGGUUUGACUUGGGCUGCUACUGCACUCAUGCUUGCUGCGGCCAUUUACUGGUUUGUCCAUCUUUGCCUGAUGCGACGUGAGAGGAAGCGCGAGUGGAAGCCCCGCAAGGGCAGCUACUAA